GAUUUUCGUAAGAAUAAGUAAAUCUGGAGCUACGAAUAAGUGUCCUAGUUUAAGACUAAUGCAUAUCCUUGUACUAUAUAAUGACCGUGACCAUUUACAUGCAUGUGUAUGUUUAGUAUACAUUUUUGAAUCGUAUAGUCCUGGAUUAAAUCUAUAAGAAGAACUUGAAAGAAAAAUGGCGGCCGAGACAAAAAUGGAAUAUAACUUCUUGGGGAAGACUGGUCUUAAAGUGUCAAACAUUUGUUUGGGUACUAUGACGUUUGGCUCAGUUGAUACAGGACCUCUUGCAGUUUUUUUUGGCAAUCCACGGCAAACGAACGAGGCCGACUCGCACAAGAUAUUGGAUCGCUUUGUAGAACUUGGGGGUAAUUUUUUAGAUACGGCAAACCUGUAUUGUAAUGGUCAGUCCGAGGAAAUAAUUGGAACAUGGCUGAAGAAGCGUCAGAACAGAGAGAAUAUGAUUAUUGCGACCAAGGUGCGUUUCCCCGUCGACUUUUCAUCGCUGAAUGAUGUCGGACUUAGCAGACGAUCCAUUAUCAAGGCAUGUGACGACAGUUUGAAGAGAUUACAGACGGACUACAUCGACUUGUUUCAGGCACACAUGUGGGAUAAUGCAACACCUAUAGAAGAGACGUUGCGUGCGUUCGACGAUCUCGUUAAGUGCGGGAAAAUACGUUAUUACGGUUUUUGUAACGUCUGCGGCUGGCAAAUGCAGAAAAUUGUUGAAACUACCAAAACACUUAAUUUGAAUCCAUGUGUCACUUUGCAGCAACAAUACAGUUUACUGCGACGUGAUUCAGAACUAGAGGCCUUUAUGGUGUGUGAAAAUGAGGGACUUGGUGUGUUGCCAUGGAGUCCACUGAAGGGGGGCAUGCUUACGGGUAAGUUCAAGAGAAACCAGAAACCAGACGCCACCGGAAGUAGAACCGGGUACAUGCAAGCCAAGAGAGAAGAGGGACAGAAUAAAUCUACUAGUAAUUGGGAAGAGUUCGGAGACAACGAUGCUUACUGGAAACUUAUAGAAGUCAUGGAAAAAGUUGCAAAAGCCAACGGUAAAACUGUGCCUCAGGUAGCGUUAAGAUGGCUUCUGCAAAAGAACGUGGUCUCUUCUGUAAUAAUAGGCUGCACCUCAAUACGGCAACUUGAAGACAACGUGGGCGCUUCAGGGGGCUGGGAAAUUUCCGCCGAAGGGAUGAAAGAACUAGACGAGGCUGCGCCGCUGUCAAAACCUUACCCAUACGACAUGUUGUGGGGAAUGGGCGCUUUUGGAAGAUUUAAUCCAUUCAAUCGCUCCAACAAAGUUUGAUUGAAAUAUGUUGAAUAAAUCAAUCCGAAGGAAGAAAGCGUGCACAAUCAGUGACUAUAUGUUAUAUGGUCGGUAGAAAAAGUAGUUCUCUCAGAAUAUGUAAAAUGUAACCAAACUAUAAUGUUAAACAGCACAGACGAAUCAAAACAUGAGGCAUUUAAAGGCCCAUAACGACUUUUGACCAGUGUGAUGGAUGUAUUAUGAUAUAGUUUUGUAUGAAUAUAAGAUAACUCAUGAAUGUAUAAUGUCAAAGUUUUGUAUGAUAACUCUUUGUAAAGAUAUUUUAAUAUCUUUCUCUUAAUUACCUCCCUUAAUUAAUUAUCUUGUAAACUCAAAUAAUUAUUCUUCACGGGUAGCAAUUAAGAUAUUAAAAAAGAAGAACAACUGUA